UGGCCCCGCCGGUGCCCUCCCAGGGCUCUCCUCGCCGCCCUCCUCCCCGGUCGGGUGCCCACGCCCAGCGCCGCGCCGGGGAGGGGGGAGGGAGGAGUCCUCCUGCGCUGAUCCCCCGGCCUGCGGCCGCUCCGACUCCGCCCGCCCCGAGGGGCGUGCAGAGGGCGGGGCUGCGGACUCCGGACUCCGGACUCCAGCCCCCGGACUCCGGCCCUCACCCCGCCGCCGGCCGAGCCCGAGCCGCAGCCUGGUCCCGCUGCGACCGAGCCAUGUCGGCGCUGCAGGGGCUCUGGCCCGAGGUGCGGGACACCUGCACCUCGCUGGCGCUGAUGCUGUCCAUCGUGCUGCUUGUGGGACUGGCCCGCGUGGUCGCCCGGCAGCAGCUGCACAGGCCUGUGCUCCACGCCUUCGUCCUGGAGUUCCUGGCCACCUUACAGCUCUGCUGCUGCACCCACGAGCUGCAACUGCUGAGCGAGCAGGACCCCGCGCACCCGACCUGGACGCUGACGCUCAUCUACUUCUUCUCGUUGGUGCACGGCCUGACCCUGGUGGGCACUUCCAGCAACCCGUGCAGCGUGAUGAUGCAGAUGCUUCUGGGGGGCAUGCCCCCGGAGAUGGGUGCGAUGAGGCUGCUGGCUCAGCUGCUGAGCGCCCUGGGCAGCAGGUACUGCAUAGGUGCCCUGUGGAGCCUGGGGCUGACCAAGUACCACGUCAGCGAGAGGAGCUUCGUUUGCAAGAAUCCCAUCCACGUCGACCUGCCCAAAGCAGUCAUCGCAGAGGCCGUCUGCUCCUUUAUCUUCCACAGCGCUCUGCUGCACUUCCAGGAGAUCCGGACCAAGCUCCGCAUCCACCUGCUGUCGGCCCUCAUCACCUUUCUGGUCUACGCAGGAGGAAGUCUCACAGGAGCUGUGUUUAACCCAGCUUUGGCAUUGUCACUACAUUUCGUGUGUUUUGAUGAAGCAUUCACUCAAUUUUUUAUAGUAUAUUGGCUGGCUCCUUCUUUAGGUAUAUUAGUAAUGAUUUUGAUGUUCAGCUUUUUCCUCCCAUGGCUGCACAACAACCACACAACUAACAAAAUGGAGUAACAAUUCUAAAUGACUCAGACUGAGUCACAGGACGGUCAAGCUGGAUGGGAUAAAGGUGUUACCUCUGCACACUCGAGCCACUGGCUG